AUGCCAGCACCCCGGGAGUGGAGACACAAUAAUCACUGAGAAAAAUAUCCCCAAAAAGUUGCGUCCAACGUCCCAUGUUGGCCACAUAGUUAUGGUCAGGGACAAGGCAGCAGAGGCUGCUGCUGAACGUUCAGAAAAAAACGAAGCGCUUGUCAAGUUCAUUGUGGAACAAAAGGGUGCAGAAGAUACACUGCAGGCCGUCGUGUCUGGUGAGAAGCAGCCCCACUUUGAAUUUACACAAAAGUGGGUUCCAAUAUUGUUUGAUGACCAACAGUUGGACAGGAUAGUGAAGUACCUGACAGGCUUCCUUCAUAACUGUGAAAAAGUCUCAGAUGAAGUCUCCACCAUGUCCUAUGACAAGAUUAAAUACAUCCUUGUAGUGAUGUUGCCAGAGGUAAGUCAAUAGGUGCCUUUUUAAAUGUAGAGGUAUGAGCAUACUAACAUUGACAAUAAUAUGGAUGCAUAAUCGGGAUAUGAUACCUGUAACAAAGGUGACAGUAAAGGCCUUGGAAGAAAUAAGGAACAUGACAACAAAAGACGCAGUGGCAGAGGUUGAUCAUGGA